UUUUCUUUUAAAUCUUUAGAAUAAUCGAAUGCGAUUAAAAUGAUGAAUCUAUGAGAGUAAAUAUGAUUUUUUGGUGCGAUAAUUUCCGAUUUUUUCAAGAAAACUCACACAGUUCAAAAUUGGCGCUUCUUCGGUUUGUUGAUCAUCAAGCAAACAGAUGUUGGUGUUUACUGACAUCGGUGACACUGAGUUGGUGUUUUGAAACUGUUUCAAUUGUCGAUUGAUCAUGGGCUUAUUAUUUGAUGAAAAUAAGCAAAUUCUCACCUUAUUUACCAAUCAUUGUAAUAAAAUCUCCUUUUUAUGUAUUUGCUCUGCAAUUAUCGUUACUUUUACUUUGGUGUCAGAAGGAUAUGUCGAUCCAACAUAUUUUAGUGAAAAUGCUCUUUUACCUGGAUAUGUGAACCGGGAAUUCAGUGCUCAGCCUUAUCUUAACUCUGUGUUGACCAGACUAAAAGAUGUAACAAAAUCAAGACCUGGUGAAUUUGUGUCUGAUUGGCUCGUCAAUGAAUUCAAUUCAAUCGGUUUACAUUCAUAUGAACACAAUUACACUUUUGAAUAUCCUUUUGAUGAUAAAAAGAUAAUUAAUGGCAAAUCUGUUUAUGCAAUUCUUGAAGCUCCAAGAGCACCAAAUACAGAAGCUCUGAUAAUAUCAUCCCCGUACCAAUCUUCAAAAAAGUUCAAUGGGAAAACUUUACCUGGCAUCGGUUUGAUGUUGGCGAUGGCUAAAUAUUUUAGCAAGAAAAGUUAUCUAGCUAAAGAUGUAAUAUUCUUGAUUUCUGGUCAAGAGAUUGGAUUCCAGGCAUGGCUCGAUUCUUACCAUGAAGUUUACUCAUCACCUGUUUUAACUUCUGGUUAUCUGACAGCUAAGAGGCCCAUACAAGCAGCCGUUAAUUUACAAAUUGAUGAUGAAGAUAUCACUCAAUUGGAGAUUGAGAUUGAAGGAAUCAACGGCCAGUUACCCAAUUUAGAUUUGUUCAAUGUCGCCGUGGAAUUAGCAACCAGAGAAUCGAUAACGCCAACAUUUCAUGGAAAAUCGCAUCCUUUCUCAACAGACUUUUAUCAAGUUUCCCAAAAUUAUGCUUUAACAACAGCUUCUAUGAUGAUUUCCCGGAAAACAAAAUCAACAGGACUUCAUGGUAUUUUUCAAAAAUAUGCAAUCCAAGCAAUUACCUUGAAAGGGAUCGGUCAGAAUUCUGGAAACAAACAAGAUGAUUACCUUUCUGUUCCUUUUUAUGUUGUUGGUCGAGUUGUUGAAGGUGUUUUUCGAAGUCUCAACAAUUUAUUGGAGAGAUUUAAUCGUUCGUAUUGGUUUUACUUGCUACCUUCAACCCGUCGGUACAUUUCCAUAGGCUAUUACAUGAUUCCAUUCGGGCUGCUGGUGAUACCUUUGCUAUUCAAAGCCUUAAAUAUUUAUUUGAAAAUGAAUCUGGAUAGUUGCCAUGAUGAAUCGGGGUCUUUAUGGGCUGCGUUGCCUUUCAACUUUUAUUGUCACGUUUGUGGAUUUCUGGUCGCGUCUUUGCCGUUCUUUCUACAAAGAUUUGCUUGGAUUUACCAAAGCCAUAAUCUAGCUUUUAAAGAGGCCAUUUAUUAUUCUUUAAUUGUUUCCUCACUAUUGUUCAUCUUUAAUCCUCUGGUCAAGCUGAACAAAAACUCAAUCGAACUUCUGAAAGCAAGGCAGUGUGUCACUCUCAUAAAUUUGGCUUUAAUUCUAUCAUGUUUAUCUCUUUUUAAUAUUUCUUUGGCUCUUUUCCUUACCAUCCUUAUGAUGCCCAUUGCUUACAUUUGUGUUUCUCUUCCAAACAAUUUGCUUAGAAAACUUUUUUCACCAUUGGUGUUUCUCAUUCAUCCUCUAUCAAUAAGUUAUCUUUGUAUACUUGGUACAUCAUUAUGGUUCAAUUCUCAAUUGGACAUUACCUCUCAUAUUCAACAGUCUUUUCAGAAUCAUAAAUCGUUGCUACUUGGUCAACUGGAGGAUUGGUACAUUUAUGGAAAUUGGACUUAUCUCUUUGGUUCUGCUUUUCUCUUCCCAAUCUGGCUUCAAAUUAUUGAUUGAAUUUACCUUGCAAAUGAAAACAGUGAUAAAUUGUGAAAGUGUCUUCAUCCUUGUUUCAAGUUUAACAUGACCAACAUAUAAUUUAAUCUACAGUCGCAAUAUUGAUUGGGAUUCGUGAAUCAAUAAUGAGGACGCAAAUCGAUAAAGACUUUGACUAUUCCAUUUAUAUGAAUUUAUCUUCAAUUAGUGAGUUUCAUCAACAUUUACAAUGUUUCAUAUUGUCAAUGAUAACGAAAUGUUCAUUGUAAGUUGAUUACUCCAAUUAGUUUAAAUGGCUCAGAGAGAUUUGUCCUUUCAAUAAACAAUAAGAUAAUCAAAUCGGAUUGAAAAUUUUGCUGCACUUUGAUUUUAGUUUAAUGAAAACGAUAACAAAUAAAUAAAUGGUGAUUAAGUUGAAA